AUGAACUUCCUCUGGGCUGGCGUCCUCAUUGUGGCCACCAUCAUCAUCUCCAGCGUGGACGUGUCUGGCACGGGUCGACUCUUCCUGGCCAAUCCACUUCUUCUCAUCGCGUUGAUGGUGGUCCUGGUUCUGGACAUGCUCACCUUCUGCCUGGCUGUCUCGUGCGUCAUUAAAAAAAGUAAGUUCUUUCGUUGGACGUAUAACGCGCCUAGAUAAGUGAUUGCUUUCGAAUGUACGAAAUGGCCGAGUAAGUUCUUUUGUUUAAUGAGACGCGUUUAAUUAAGUGAUAGCUUUUGAAUAUAAAAAAAAAAUGGCCAGGAAAGUUCUUUUGUGAAUGUAUAAGACACCGGGUUAAGUGAUCGCUUUUGAAUAUAGAAAAAGGCUGAUGGCUAGACAAAGUGAAAAGUCAUUAUUUUUUGUAGUUUCUUUUUAAAAAUGUUUGAUCGCAAAUUCUGCUAUUAUUAGUUAUUUAAAUUACAAAAUCUUUAAAAAAAAAAAGGUCACUUUAAAAUUCUUCAUGAAUGAUCAACUAGUGACUUGAAGAGCGGACCGUCUAUUCAUGGAGACUGUUUUGAUUUGGAACAUGCACAUUGUUUGAAAUGCGUCAUAGCCAUGGGGGGCAACUAGUGCAUCAGAGAGCAUCAAAGUAAAUCAUCUAACAAGCUCCCCGAAUCAAUGUCCAGCUGACAUCUCCAUUCCGGGGAUGGGGGCGGUCUGCUUAGUUGCUUGCAGGGGUAUCCAUUUUUUUAAAAAGUAAUAAGAGAACCAACUUAUCUGUAAGAGAAAUCUAUGGAUUGAACAGCCUUCGAUCUAGAUUGAGCGGUAAAAAAAAAUGUUCAUAUUCUCUGUGGGGUUAAAUUAAAUUAUUUUAGAUUACAGCAUUAAUCCGAUCUCGACUGUCUCCAAAGUACAGCAUUAAUCAGAUCUCGACUGUCUGCCAAGUCAGUAGACAUUGCAUUACACCCGGGCAUACAUUCAAAAUCCACCUAUUUUUUUAAAAUCAGGUUUAUCUUAAAUUGGAUACCCGCUGGUGUUUCAAAUUAUAAAUGUACGUAUUUAUAACGUUUGCCCCCCCCCCUCACCUUCCAUUUCGCUCCCCUCCCCCCACAGCGCGUCACGCCGUGCCUUUCCUUUUCAUCAUUAACACCCUGUUCAAGUACAAUGCUGACAGCGCCUUGGCCAAGAGUAAAACAACGGUCGUCCAGUAUCUGAUGGGCUCCUUUAUGUACGGCUUUGGCUACGUGGCCGUGGCUACAAAGAUCCAAGACAAUGAAAAGAGAGGCAAGUGCAGCGAUGCUGGUUGUUAAUUUUUUUUUUACUAUGCGGUUUUAUUGUCGCACUUAAUGGGAAAUGUCAACCUGAAGUUGUUGGGUUUUUUUUUUUGGUGUGUUUUUUAACGAGAAGCGAGACUUCAAAAUUAUUUUUGUAGAGCAGAAUUUUCCUUUGGGGUUUUGUGAGCAUUUCUCAAGGACUCCACGGCCGCUCCAGGAAACUCCUAAAUAUAUCAAACUCUUGGACAUAGGGUUGUCCAAAAGGGGUCCUAACGGUGUCCGAAAGAGGUCCCCUGAAGAAAUAGCUCAGUACGUUUAAAUAUAUGUGUAAUUAACUUGUCUAUAUAUGUGUGUAAUUUGCAAGUUUAAAUACAUGUGUAGCUGAUUUUUCUAAAUACACUUGUAGCUGACAUGUCUAAAUACACGUGUAGCUGACAUGUCUAAAUACAUGUGUAGCUGACAUGUCUAAAUACAUGUGUAGUUGACAUGUCUAAAUACAUGUGUAGUUGACAUGCCUAAAUACAUGUGUAGCUGACAUGUUUAAAUACCUGUGCAUGAGUCGACAUGUCUAAUACCAUACCUCUUUAUCACUCUAAUGUAAAAAAAACAAAAAAAAAACCAACUAAACAACAAUUAUUUUUUAUAGAUGUUUAGAUGAUUACCACCCCCCCCUAUUCCCCCCCCCCCCCCCCUUUUUCAUUAUUUUCUUUUAGAUCUGGUCUCAAAUUUCGGCAACAUAGGGGACAAGACUUCAACUCAGGUCUCCAUUGCGGACGGCUUGCUUUUCAUGUUGAUUAAUACUGCGUUCAACCUGUUACUUACCUGGUAUCUUGAUGAGGUCUACAAAGGUGACUUUGGAGUCGCGAGACCUUUUUACUUUCCCCUCACAGUACGUGGACACGCAUUUCUCACCACUCAUCAUUUUUAACUCAUUACAUGUGAGAAUCGUUUUUGGCAGUAUCACCAAUUGAGUAAGGCACUUUUACUUACGUCACACAGGUAGUCAAAGUUGGGCUAGGGCGGCGCGAUCUCAUACAAGCAGAAGUAAAUGAAUGAAAUAAAAGUAGAUAUGAACGAAAUAGUGCCCACAGAUUUCAUCUUAUAAAGACGUGUAGGCCAUUUUGAAAUGUUCUCCACCCCCCACCCCCACCCCCGCCCUAAAUAUCCCAAACCUCUAUCCCUUUCCUAAACAUGAAUUUCGGAACAUUACCCCUUUGGAAACACACGUUAUAUUUGCAAGGCAUUUGGAGAUGACACAGCCAUACGCCAAGGUAAUGGAUGCAGACAUGCGAAAUUCAUUGUAUACUCUUUUUUUUUUUCAAUACACGAUAUUAGGAAAGUGAUUGCAACCGAAGAGAUCCAACCCAACUGAACUGGUCAUCGUAAAUAGGAAACUAAUUCUGACUUAAGGUUUUGAGGACUGUUUUAUCUAAGAUUGUGGAAUUAUAAAGCCACAUCGGCUUCCCCCCCAACAUCUGACAUAACAUGUCGAGACGGCGCACCAAGCUUAUGGGGUUGGCGUAACGAGGGAUACAAAUAUAGCACUCUUGUCUGAUUUCCGGUCCAGUAAAUAUUUUUAACAGAAAACGUCAUCGGAAAAUUUUACGUUAUCAGAAAACUUGGAGAAGACAAAUCACCCAAAAACUUCAUCAGAAAACUUCAUCAGAAAACUUCAUCAGAAAACUUCAUCAGAAAACUUCAUCAGAAAACUUCAUCAGAAAACUUCAUCAGAAAACUUCAUCAGAAAACUUCAUCAGAAAACUUCAUCAGAAAACUUCAUCAGAAAACUUCAUCAGAAAACUUCAUCAGAAAACUUCAUCAGAAAACUUCAUCAGAAAACUUCAUCAGAAAACUUCAUCAGAAAACUUAAAUUUUGGAAAAGUUCAAAAGAAAAUUUCUUCAAUUGCAUAAAACUUCGUCAGAAAAAGUUAUCAGAAAACAUUAACACAAAACUUCAACAGAAAAUCUAGGCGUCUGAAACUUACUGAAGUUACGCGAAUUAAACCAAGAAGCCAAGCAUGCCUGUCUGCAGGCCCAAACAAUGACAUCUGAAAUGGAAAAGAAUAGCCCAACAUUUGUAACGAAACGCUAGAGAUUAGCCCUGGGACUACAGUGGGAUGUAAAACUAUUUAUUCAAUCCAGAUACGUCAAAUUGUCACCGUAGCGUCCUUAGACCCAAAUAACAUAAUAAUCUGGAGACGAGUGUCUUUGAGAGACGAAUAAAAGUAAGGAAUGCAAGAACUGGCAUGCUAUCAUGCUAUCAAGCUAUUAUCCUAAAAUUCACCAUCAAGAUUUGCUGAAACGAUAUUUUGCAAUAGAUCCAGGCAGCAAAGGGAAAGUGUGCAGGACAUUUUAUGAUAUCACGCCGAUGAUUCUCUCUAAGGCCAGGAUAUAAUAUUAAUGGCAAAAAAACAAAAAAACAAAACAACAACAACAAUGCUACACCACAUUACGAUCGAAGGCUGCCUUUAUAUAAACAUCUGCUGUUCAAGCAACUCUGAAAAAAAUGUAGCUGUUUACUAGCUAUGGCUGCAGGACCUAUUUGCAAAAUGGACUGCACGUGGUCAACUCUUCAAGCAGACAUGUACAACUCGGCCAAAUUUUUAAACCGGGGAAAUGGGAACCGAGCUAAUAGUGACCGGUAAAAGGAACCGUUGAAAGUAUAGAGACCUGGUACCUGGGGGUAAAAAAAGAGAGCUAGAGAUGCCAGGUGAGGCUAUCGAGAAGGAAAUAGGACGACUCACUUCUGAGAACGACAAACCUCAAGUACAUGACAGGUUGGUUUAUCGGCGAAACAAACGGAUCAACUGCAACGGUGGGUCGGGGCACUAUCCUGUGCGAUUCACAAAAAAUAAAGUAUUCAACAAAGCCGCAAUGGACGAUGAUUCCAAGCAGACAAUCUUGUGAGAAUUAAAAGCAGACCGUACUCUCCAAACAUUCCCCCAAUUUUUUUUUUCAAAAAUGUUCUGGACAUCGAGCACUCCACUGGUGAGACACAAGAACAGCUUCAGCUUUGACUCGAGUUUCUAGGCCUCUGUGCUGAAAAGAGAUACACUUCUAGUGAUAUGGGAGAACGCCAACACCGUAUAUCAAAUGAAAGAGAACGUUACGACUGAAGCUGGUUGUGUGGAGUAUAUUUUAGACCUCCGACAUGACAUAAAGACUGCUUUCACGGGUUAAUUAAAGGAAGUCGAUCAUUUAAUUUACAACAGAAGGGGAACAAAUUUACACAUCAUUAAUUAGUGGACUGUUCUUUUGUUUUUAUCAAUAACGUAAAAAGAGCUUAGAGGAUUUGUUGCCAGAUCUUUAAAACCUAAGCUUUUAAAAAAACAAAAAACCUCUUUAUGUGUAAAUGAACUCUUCUUUACUGAAAUCAUGAUAAAAAUUAUAUUUUUAGUGAUUGUAUUUCAAGAUAUUGUAAACAAACUAUAUUUAGAAUAUAAAUAAAAAUCCUAAAUCUAGUCAAUGUAAAAAAUGCUAUAUCUAGUCACAACACAACAAUUACAUAUCUAGUCACAACACAACAAUUCUAUAGCUAGUCAUAACAGUAAAUUCUAUAUCUAGUCACAACACAACAAAUCUAUAUCUAGCCACAACACAACAAUUCUAUAUCUAGUCACAACACAACAAUUCUAUAGCUAUUCAUAACAGUAAAUUCUAAAUCUAGUCACAACACAACAAUUCUAUAUCUAGUCACAACACAAAAAUUCUAUAUUUAGUCACAACACAACGAUUCUAUAGCUAUUCAUAACAGUAAAUUCUAAAUCUAGUCACAACACAACAAUUCUAUAUCUAGUCACAAGACAAUAAUUCUAUAUUUAGUCACAACACAACAAUUCUAUAUCUAGUCACAACACAGCGAUUCUAUAUCUAGUCACAACACAACAAUUCUAUAUCUAGUCACAACACACCAAUUCUAUAUCUAGUCACAACACAACAAUUCUUAAUCUAGUCACAACACAACGAUUCUAUAUCUAGUCACAACACAACAAUUCUAUAUCUAGUCACAACACAACAAUUCUAUUUCUAGUCACAACACAACAAUUCUAUAUCUAGUCACAACACAACGAUUCUAUGUCUAGUCACAACACAACGAUUAUGUAUCUAGUCACAACAAUUCUAUAUCUAGUCACAACACAACGGUUAUAUAUCUAGUCACAACACAACAGUUUUAUAUCUAGUCACAACACAACAAUUCUAUAUCUAGUCACAACACAAUGGUUCUAUAUAUAGUCACAACACAACAAUUCUAUAUCAAGUCAUAACACUACGUUUCUAUAUUAUCUAGUCACAACACAACGACUCUAUAUCUAGUCACAACACAACAAUUCUAUAUCUAGUCACAAGACAACAAUUCUAUAUCUAGUCACAACACAACAAUUCUAUAUCUAAUCACAACACAACGAUUCUAUAUCAAAUCAGAACACAACAAUUCUUAAUCUAGUAACAACACAACGCUUCUAUGUCUAGUCACAACACAACGUUUCUAUAUCCAGUCACAACGAUUCUAUAUCUAGCCACAACACAACAAUUCUAUAUCUAGACAGCGUACUGGUUUCCUAACAGACGAUCGGGCAAGGAUCUGCCUAAACUCCCACCUCAAGAUCCCAAAUAUUUUGAAAGUGCGGCCAAGGGUCUGACCGCAGGUAUUCAGGUCCGAGAUCUGGUCAAGGUAAGAGCCCUCAAUUUUAUUAGUUUGUUAUAAAGCAGGCCUUCACAUCUCAAAAUGUAAGGCGGGCCCUAAUACUUAAUGAUAAACUUGUGCGGGCCGAAAUAUAAUAGGACAGGGGGAAAACUAUGAAAAAAAAAAAUAAUAAACAAUAUUUUGUUACUUCGCGGGCCGCCAAGUGGUUGCUGGCGGUCUGUAUGUUGUGCAGGCCACGAAAAAUUCAGGUUACGAACAGCAACUUCGAAUUUUUUGUCUCGGGUAACGAGCAGUGCCUCGGGUAACGAACGUUUUUGGUUAUGAACCGAGUUCUGGAACGAAUUAAGUUCGAAACCCGAGGUACCACUGUAUAUAUAUACCGUCCUGUGUUGGUUCCGAUCGUAUCUGACUAAUCGGGUGCAGUCAGUUAUUUCAAACGGCUUGACUUCGAAGAAAUCUAAUAUCGAAUUCGGAGUACCCCAGGGCUCGGUCCUAGGCCCAGUGCUUUUCACGAUGUACAUUCAGCCACUGGGCGCAGAGAUCAGGCAGUUUGACAUGUUGUAUCACAUGUACGCGGACGAUACACAACUUCAUCAAUCCGUGAUCCCUUCUCAGUUCCCUCAGCUGCUCAGUAUGACACAGAAGACAAUGGAGUCGGUUAAGCACUGGAUGACGAUAAACAAGCUCAAAUUAAAUGAUGAUAAGACUGAGCUGCUCCCCAUCGCGACCGCUCAGAAGCAAAAAUCUGCAAAUAACACUACAUCCAUUACUCUCUCAGGUGUGCGUAUUGAGUUAGCUCAAACAGUGCGGUACCUGGGUGUCUACCUAGAUGGAAGACUAACUUUUGAAAGUCAUAUUAACAUGCUAUGCAAGGCGAUUUUUCUAGAGCUGCGCAGGAUUAGUCACAUCAGGCCCUUCCUAACAAUUGAUGCAACAAAGAGGCUGAUGUCUGCAUUUGUGCUAUCACGCAUGGACUAUUGCAAUGCUCUUAUGGUGGGUCUUCCAGCUACGCUCCUGGAUAAAAUUCAAAUAGCACAGAAUAAUGCGGCUCGCAUUGUUCUCCGCAAACGCAAGUUUGACCAUGCAAAAACACUUCUGAGAGAGCUGCACUGGCUGCCAGUGCGUGCUCGCAUGGAGUACAAAAUCGCAACUUUGUGCUACCGCUGCUUACAUGACCUGGCGCCGUCCUAUCUGAAAGAGCUGCUGACGCCUUAUGUACCCACUAGAGAGCUCCGCUCAUCCGAUAGUGGCAAACUCUCGACACCACGUGUUUGCCUUGAGACUUACGGAAAGCGCACUUUCGCAUUUGCUGGUCCACCAAUUUGGAAUGCCCUUCCUGUCGAUCUCAGAAACAACCAGACACUGGAGUCCUUUAAAACCGAUUUAAAGACACAUCUAUUUCGCAAACACCUUCUGGGAUGAUUGUCAACAUUAUUUUCCAGUUAAUGCAUAAUGGCUGUGUUGCUUAUGGUUGAAAUGGCUAGAAAGACUUUGCCAUUGUAUGCUUGUACUUAGUUUUUGUCGUGUUGCGUUUGUUUUAAAUGUGGUAAACUAUAGAUUUGUUUUUUGUUGACUUUGUACCGCGCUUCGAGCCUUUGGGGAUGAAGCGUGUUUUUGAAAUGAACUUUAUUAUUAUUUUAUUAUAUAUAUAUAUAUAUAUAUAUAUAUAUUGUAACAUUUUAUACCCACAAACAGCAAGCCACAUUAAAGGCGUAAACUUUAUUUAAACAUUACAGUAUAUCUUGUUUUCACAGAUGUUCGGCCACAACACAGCUGUGGCUGGCGUCAACAUCGACAUCUACAACGAUCAGAUCACCGUACUCUUGGGACACAACGGCGCCGGCAAGACGACGUUUAUCUCCGUGAUCACAGGUGAAGACAUCAUUUGUCAAUCUCAUGAAGCCGAACAUUGUCCGAUUCUCUACUGUACCAUACGGUUUUGUAUUCUUGUGUUUUUUAUCUUAUGUCUGGAGCAGGAUGAAAUUAAAGUGGUUGUUAUUUUGAAGAGAAAAAAGUUGUAAUGCUUAAUAAUCAAAGGUACUAUUUAGGGUUAGGACGACGGGUUAGGGGUUAGGAGAAUUUAUUUGCAAUGUUUUUAUAAAUGGUUGACUGCCCUCCAUCGUUGCAAUUGUUAAGUUAAAAAUCUGUAAAAUAAAGCAUUAUUUUAUGAAUCGAUUUGUUGAAAUGUCACCGAAUGGAAUGUUUCGAUUCAGUCACGAUUUACGAGUUAGAGAGAUCCUUUUAUAAACGGUUAUAGAGCCGCAUGAAACAGUUCAUAUUAGGCUGAGGCUGGCCAUCUUCCACAGGGUUCAUCCCGCCCACAAGCGGCACGGCGAUCGUUAAUGGCUUCGACAUCAACGCGAACAUUUCCAAGGUCCGAGAGAACAUCGGACUCUGUCCGCAACACGACGUCUUGUUCCCCAAACUCACUGCCUACGAGCAUCUUGUUUUUUACUGUAAGGUGAGUUACAGAGCACGCUUCAUAAUACUUUCACGGUUGGCUGAAACGUAGUGAAAUGUCCAAUCCUAAUUGCAGUAAUGAUAAGUCGUUUUUCUUAAGUGGUGACAUCGGUAGUUAUGAAGGAUGUUGUGAAAUGUUUUUUUUAAAAAAUAGAUGUGUUCCAGAGAUUGUAUAGGGUGGAACAAACGCAGUUAGUGUAAUGGGAAAUGACAGGGUCUGAAGAUUCGGAUGAUCCAAGGAAAGUGUUUGGGAUGUGAAAAGUUUUAAUGAGAUGGUUUUUUGCUGUUUGUGUUCCGUCGGGAAUUCACCGAGACACAACUUAUACAUCUUUAGACAGAUGAUGGACGCAUCGCAAUGGGGCCCUGCGUGGGGGCGUACGGCACUGCUACUGAACGCCCAUUCAGAAAUGUGUCUGCUAUUAGAAAAAAAAAAGGAUAAAGCCCCGGAUGUCGAUUUUUUCCCCAGACUGUUCUCAGUGGUUCUUAUGUUGCUACCCUGCUUGUAAAUAGUCUAACUAACGAAUCAGAAUCAGCACGCAGGAUAAUCAAUGAAUCAACUCAUUUAUGUUACAGUUCAAUAUUUUGCUAUCUCUCUUAAUUAAUAAAAUUGGUACAAUAAAUGCGGGAUUCAAUAAAUUUGAAGCCUGCAAAUAGUAAUACAAGUUAGUGAAACCAGACAAAAUUUCUGGAAAGUGUGCAUAAGAUUCUGGCCAUUAUAACUUUUCGGCCACUGUGGCUCUCUAUUGGGCAAUUUUUUUAAUGGACAUUCUUAACAACUAUAGAACCAUCUAACUAUGAUGGGUGUCCAAAUAUUUUGUGUCAGCUUCGAGGCCAGUACAAAGCCGGCGUGGACAAGCAACUGCAGGACGCCCUCGACCAGGUUGGCCUAAGUGCUAAACGGACGUCAUUCCCACACCAACUGUCUGGCGGGCAGAGGCGGAAACUUUCAGUGGCGUGCGCCUUCAGUGGCAACAGCAAGGUAUUUACAGAGCAUAUUUAAGGGCUUUUAUCGUCAUCGCAGUGUUAGAUUUGUGGUGCACAUUGUAGUCUUACAUCGCCCCGACAAUGUUAGGAUAAUGGUGUACAUUGUAGUAUUACAUCGCCCCGACAGUGUUAUGAUAAUGGUGCACAUUGUAGUAUUACAUCGCCCCGACAGUGUUAUAUUUGUGGUGCACAUUGUAGUAUUACAUCGCCCCGACAGUGUUAGGAUAAUGGUGCACAUUGUAGUAUUACAUCGCCCCGACAAUGUUAGGAUAAUGGUGCACAUUGUAGUAUUACAUCGCUCCGACAGUGUUAGGAUAAUGGUGCACAUUGUAGUAUUACAUCGCCCCGACAAUGUUAGGAUAAUGGUGUACAUUGUAGUAUUACAUCGCCCCGACAGUGUUAGGAUAAUGGUGCACAUUGUAGUAUUACAUCACCCCGACAGUGUUAGGAUAAUGGUGCACAUUGUAGUAUUACAUUGCCCCGACAGUGUUAGGAUAAUGUUGCACAUUGUAGUAUUACAUCGCCCCGACAGUGUUAGGAUAAUGGUGUAGAUUGUAGUAUUACAUCGCUCCGACACUGUUAGAAUAAUGGUGCACAUUGUAGUAUUACAUCGCCCCGACAGUGUUAGGAUAAUGGUGCACAUUGUAGUAUUACAUCGCCCCGACAGUGUUAGAAUAAUGGUGCACAUUGUAGUAUUACAUCGCCCCGACAGUGUUAGGAUAAUGGUGCACAUUGUAGUAUUACAUCGCCCCGACAGUGUUUGAGUUUCAGUUUAAAAUGUCUAAAUAGUGGCAUUGAAUAAAGCCCGAUGGAAAUAAUUUUUUGCCCCAAAUUGUGGGCGAGUGAAACUAUAUAUAUAUAUUUUUUUUUAGAUCAUGCGAAUGUGAAUGUAUCCAGAAUUAAACACAGAACCUAAAUUGGGGCACAUGUUUAAGCACAAUCAGUCGGGUGUAUUCAUUUUGGAAGCACUAAUGGUACAAACAUGAUCACGGGGCACAGUAUUUAAAUAAAUCAUCAUUAAAUGUCAUAUCAAAAUAGACCAUCAUUAAAUGUCAUAUCAAAAUAAAACAUUAGAUGUCAUAUCUAAAUAAAACAUUAGAUGUCAUAUCUAAAUAAAACAUUAGAUGUCAUAUCUAAAUAAAACAUUAGAUGUCAUAUCUAAAUAAAACAUUAGAUGUCAUAUCUAAAUAAAACAUUAGAUGUCAUAUCUAAAUAAAACAUUAGAUGUCAUAUCUAAAUAAAACAUUAGAUGUCAUAUCUAAAUAAAACAUUAGAUGUCAUAUCUAAAUAAAACAUUAGAUGUCAUAUCUAAAUAAAGCAUCGUUAUCAACAUCGCACAGGUCAUUUUCUUGGACGAGCCAUCAACAGGACUAGACCCAAGCGCCAGACAGGACCUGUGGAAGUUCUUGAAAUCUAAACGAACCGGACACACCAUCCUGAUGACCACCCACUACAUGGACGAGGCCGACGCCAUUGGGGACCGUAUCGCCA